AUGUCUGUCCGCUUUGUCAGAGCGGACGUUCUUCGUGUUCAUCAGCGGCAGCAUGACGAGCGGCGGUCCACGACUCGGCAGCAGUCAUCUACGGGUCAAUCGUCCGAAUCGCAUAGUCCCGCUCAAAACACUCUCUCGAGCGAUCUUCAGCCUCCGUUGGAGCCAUCCUCCGCCUCUACGCCCUCGGCACUUCCUCCCACACCCCAAGAGCUAGCCCUCCAGGCCUGGCCAGAUUUCGUUAGCCAAAUGGCGUCCGCGCCGUUUGCCGAGCUCAAUACGCAAGGGUUCGUCCCGGCGGUGCCAGCUCCAUCGACAUCCGCAAUGGAUCAGCCCGCAGUGUUCAAUUCGCUCUUCACGGACUUCAACUUUUGGGUGACGGACGAGUGGUCGAUGGCGCCGCUUGGGGGUACUUCCAUGGGUACGAGCGAUGUGCCGGACUGGCUGGAAGCCUUCACUUCUGGCGGGAUGCAGCCGUCAGUCGUAUACGGAACACCCACCUCGACACUAAUGACCACACUCGGCGAGACGACACGCCUCGAGGUCAUCCAGUAUUUGUCGUAUACAAGUCCAGACAGCCCCCUCUUCACGACCGCCGCGCUGGAAUCGUACAUUCAGCUAUACUGGGACGUCUUUGACCCGCGCUACCCGAUAUUGCACCGAGCAACAACGACGCCAGCUGGCAUUCCGACUUGCUUGCUGUGUGCGAUGAUCAUCCUCGGCGCUAGCAUGUCGCCAGAUGAGGCGGUCUUUGAAAUGGCUCAGCAGCUGAACAAGAGGCUACGCGGCUUGCUCAUAUUGAAUGACCUGAACGAAAGUCCCACGCCGCUCGCCCCAUUCCAGGCGCUCGUCCUCACCGGUAUAGCGGGCUUCAGCAUGGACAAGGAGCAACGGGAGCUAGCGCACUCUUUUACCAGCUUGGAGCUUACCCUCGCCCGCCGUGCUGGAUUCUUCCUACCUCACGCAACACCGUCAGCAAGCGACCUGCGACAAGAGUGGGAAAUGUGGGUCGCCUCCGAGUCUCGGCGAAGACUAGGCUUCACUAUCCUCAUGCGCGAUAUGGACCACGGGAGCUUCUUCAACCAGCUCCCUUCCCGCGCGCUGUCCCCAUUCCAGGUGCAUGCCCAGAUCCCUUGCAAAGACUCGGUGUGGACCGCGAGCGAUCCGCGGGCCUGGAAAGACCUCUCCUCGCCUGGGAGCUCGGCUAUCGGCUUUUCGGCAUGUCUCAAGGCGUGUCUUGUACCGAGCGAGGAGGAGGGCAUGUCGGACAUGGAGAUGAUCAGUGAACUUUCAAUAGAUGCGGGGUUUGCGCGGUCGGUUAUUCUGCGGGGAUUAAUGGCAGUGGGAUGGGAUCUAAAUCGGCGCAAUCUUGUCGCUCGUGAGACUGCACAAUCUACCAAUCUCACGCAUACUCUCAACGACUGCAUGGAGACCUUCCUCUUACAAUCGCGCGUCGAUACGGCGCUGUUUACCCCGCAACUCGUCAUCACCCGCUACUUUAUCGUUCUCGCCCUGCUUGAUCUCAACGCAGACUGCCAAGCCAUCCAGGUCUUCUCCGGCAUCUCCGAGAGUUUCAGCCAGCAAGUCAAACCAGAAGACUACUCGCGUGCCAGCCGGACCGUCAAGCUUUGGGCGAAACAACCCAAUGCACUCGCUGCUGUUCGCUAUGCAGCCGACUACCUUUUGCAGGAGAUUGAGGUGCCUAGCGCUCAUUGGCCACAUGACGUCCUGCAAGGCUGGGCGCUGUACCAAUCUUACCUGGUGUUGUGGUCUUUCCACGUCACACGUCGGCUCGAAAGAGAACCAGGGGCGGGACCGCCCUCCUCCAUCGCUAGCAACGACAGUCCCGCUGCUGCAUGCUGCCGGUCUUUCCUCAGGAUGCCGCCGCAGCCGUCGAACGAGUCAGUAGCGGCCAUGCUGCCGACGGACGGACAGAUCACGGCGCUGGGAAUGUACGUCAAGGGGCGGAUCUGCACUUCUAGGUCUUACACAGUCCAACAGUGCGGAGCGGUCAUUGGGCGACUGGUCGGUAUUUGA